CUUUAAGAAAACAAUAUUCGUGUCAAAAGCAAGCCGCUGCAAAGUGUUCCUUUUAUACUUUCCUUUGAUUUGAAGGUGUCAUUUGACAAUUGACGGCAAACGAAGAGUUUUUUAUUUAGUCUUUCCGCGGAGACUUAACAUGUUUACCCGAAAAAAGGAUAGCUCAUCAGGUUUUGAUUAAAAACAGUGAAAAUAAUUCAACGUUUCAUUGUAAAUCGAUGUUACUUUAUUGGAAAUCAAUUCAAUCUCUUCAUUGCAACGAUAUCAAGAAGCUUGAUAGAUUUAAGGAUGAUAUUUCAGUAACCAACAACAUGGCGGAGACAAAAAAGCUGUGGAUAAAGCUGAUGAAGACUUCACGACGGAAAAAUCACAAAAAGCGAAAACAAGUAGGUAUUGAUUGCGGUCAUCAACAAUCUCUUGACGGUGACAAAAGCUUGAGGUUAAAAGGCCAGAGGAAUUUCAGCGCGAGACGUUUGGCCUUCAUUAUGCCAUGUCCGGCAUCAUCACUGAAAUUUUUACACCACGGAAUUUCAGAACUAGCUCAGCAAGGAGCCGGGCAGUGUCAGAGACUAAUUUGCUGAUCCACCUUAACCGAAUUUUGGAUUCCUACGAUGAAGACGCGAAAGUCGACUCGGUGAUAGCGGAAAACGCCACGUUGAAGACUGCCAAGAAGAUCCAUCGCCUCGACAGGAAGGACAGACACCAAGAUGUACAAGACGCUUGUCAAAUACACGAUUUAUCUCUCAAGGAAUCAUUCCUUAAAAGUUGCGAACAACUUGGAAUUCCUCCCUUAGCAAUGACUUACUUUCUCGACAAAGUCGCGGCCGGCGAAACGGAGCUGAUCAUGAGAAAUCUUGGGCUGGGUCCCACGGGUGCUAUUGCUGUCGCGGACGCCUUGUCACGCAAUAGGAGUGUCACGCGACUAGACUUGUCACUCAAUAACGUUCAGAAUAAAGGAGCUACGGCUGUUGCAAAAUUACUCGAGGCAAACAGUCUUAUAACUUAUCUGAAUCUUUCAGAGAAUAAGAUAAGUAAAGAUGGAACAGACGCUCUUGGAAACAUGCUGACUGUGAAUGAUUCUUUGGCGAGAAUUGACAUUUCGCGCAAUGGACUAAGUGAUGAUGAUAUUCAUUUUUUUAGUAACGUUUUACAAACUGAAGACUUUUUAUCUGCGCUAGACCUUAGUCAUAAUUCUUUUGGAGUCACCGGAGGAGAGCACUUUGGGGAAAUGAUCGCGAAAAACGUGUCCCUGCGCGAGUUGAACUUGGGAUGGAAUCGCCUGGGCGACCUCGGAGUCAAACAAAUCUGCGUGGGCUUGAAGAAAAAUCGAACGCUUGAGAAACUGGAUUUGUGCUGGAACGAGAUUGGCCAUGAAGGCGCGAGAUACAUCGCGGAAUCUUUGGAAUACAAUGGCAAAAUUAUUGAGUUAAAUCUCAAUAACAAUCGUAUCACCGACCGCGGAAUGGAGAAAAUUGCAAGGGGUCUGGAACUUAAUGAUACUCUACAAGUCGUCAAAAUUGGUUACAAUCUGGUCACUUCAGAUGGAGCAUGUGCACUGCUGCGGUCACUGCUGAAAAACCCUGGUAGUGCAGUAGAAACUGUUCACAUGGCUGAAGUGGAAAUAAAUGGCGCUAUUAAAGAACUCUACUUAAAGCUUAAAUCGAGAAAAUCACGAUUUCGCCUUCUUGAUUUAUUUACAGCCAGUGGGGAUGUGUAUCACUUUGUUCAACCACAAAAUCCAAUGAUUGUACUGGAUGCCUAUUUAAAACGAAACAGACUGACGGCGUACAAGUGUAACAGCCUUGAAGAGGAAGAAGGAGAAGACUAAAACAUUUUUGUGAAGAAACACACAACAGAGAAACAAAAAUAACUUCAACCUUGCCUACAGGGGUUGUAAAUUACAGUUUACCGUGGACCUCAGGGUCCGAUGUUUAUAAAUCGCCUGCGGGGGGAGGAGUCGGGUCAGUUUUGUAUGGUCCUCCCUUCUGUCCAUUAUACUCUGUCGGAGACAACUGAUUCCCCCUCUCCGGUCCCCCUGAAAACCA